GCUGGGUUGUUGAGCGUGCGGUUCCUUUCGCCCGCCACUGCUUCGCGAUCACUUGGUUAUCGUGUCUCCGCGCUCUUUGGAUGCGUGUUUCCGCGAUAGCUUCCCGUAAAUCGGUAUCGAAUCGAUUUCACGGUGUCGUUCGAGAUCGAUUAAAUUUCGCUUUGCGCUUGAAAAAAAAUUCGCCAACCAAUCACUUUUCUCGAUGAAUAAAAUAAGGGUGAGAACGUGAAUCGUGAGUGAGAAUCGACGACGCCCACAAAACGGAAACCGCGUCAUCUGUAGAAGGGAGGAAAGCGAAAAGGGAAGAAGGACAACACCACUUUCUACGGAUUCUUGAACGCCGUGAAUUUGCGUCCAGCCGGAUUGUAUGCAAAUAUCGGAGGAAAUAUCCGUAUCUUACCUCUGUCUCUCUGACCCCACCAGCCUCCGCUCCCGGCUAUCGUGUCGUUAUUUACGCUGCUGACUAACCUACCCGUGGAAGAGGUCCACUCCGACCGAUCGUGCAUACCGCACGAUCGUUUCGCAGACAGACACGGAGUCCUCAACGAAGGAGCAACAUCAGUAUGAAAAGAAAAGUUCGGACACAACGAUGCACGUAAACGGGCAUACGACACACAACGCGAAACAAGAAAUGAACGAGAUGUUGGAGUGCGAGACCGGAUCCCUGUUGGGCCGAGUCGCGGAUCUCGAGAGGCAAUCCUUGGCGCAAAGGGACGAGAUAGUUUGUCUUCGCGCUACUCUCGCAGACGCGUUAAGGCGGAUCGCACUGUUGGAAGGACGCGAAAAAAGGGAGGAUGAGAGGAACGAGAGGAGAAACGAGAGGAUGGUGUCCUCGCCCUUAAGGAACGGACACGUAUCGCUUAGGAGUAAUCAAAAUUCAACACCAGCGAAAGACGUACGUUUACGUCAAACUGGUUGCUUGAGAAAUUCAUCAUCCUCCGGAUCUUCUCAAGACGUUCGAGAUUCGAUUUCCAGUCCACGGAGGCCAGUCAGUUACACUCAUUCCUCUCAACUUCCUCAAAGAAGGUCAGUUCAUUAUCAAUCGACGGGUUCUUUACAUUCGGACAGUCCCAGUAGUAGUAGUGUUUCCCCGGUGCCAUCGCCAAGUCCUAGAGCCACACCACUGCCAGUAGCCAGAUCACCGACAGCAAGAUCAAACGGGCCACCCCAAAGCAGCUUAAGAAGGGCGAAACGGUGGUCGUCCACAGGGGAUUUUACGCAUUCCCCGCAAAAUCAGGGAAGCAAUUCGCAACUCGUGGGUGGCAGAUUGUCAGCCUCCACCAAGUCUUUGUUCAACCUCUUCAAGCCCCCGGCGCUGAACAACGUGAAACAUGGCACGAGAGAUAUGCAGUACAACGAGGAGGAGAAUACCGUCCGCAUGUACCUGCGGGGACGACCCGUUGUCCUCUACGUUCCGUCGCCUUUGACGGAGUCGUACGACCUUCACAAAGUCAGCACACCGCCCCAGAGCAAAUUGAAACUCGACUGGGUGUACGGUUACCGAGGCAGGGAUUGUCGAAGCAAUUUGCAUCUACUGCCCACCGGUGAAAUCGUUUAUUUCGUCGCAGCUGUGGUGGUAUUGUACAACAUGGAGGAGCAUAGCCAGAGGCAUUACCUGGGUCAUACGGACGAUAUCAAAUGCAUAGCCAUUCAUCCGAACAAAAUGGUAGUCGCUACUGGUCAAGUAUGUGGGACCGAUAGGCGAGAUGCUAUGCCACACAUAAGGAUAUGGAAUUCGGUCAGUUUGGCAACUCUUUGUGUGAUUGGUAACGGCGAAUUCGAUGGUUCGAUUUGUUGCCUCUCGUUCUCGAAGGCAGACGGUGGAAAUUACUUGUGUGCGAUCGACGAGACCUCCGAUCACAAUAUCUCGAUCUGGGAUUGGCAGAAAGGAGAACGAGGUACCAAGAUAACUGAAACAAAGUGCUCGGUGGACACGGUGGUAUGCGCGGAGUGGCAUCCGCUGGAACGGAACCAGAUCGUGUCCUGUGGGAAAGGACACCUGUCUUUUUGGUCCCUCGAUAAUGGUGGUAUGCUGUACAAGCGGAUGGGGAUUUUCGAGAGCAGAGAAAAACCGAGAUACGUCACCUGUGUGGCGUUUAAUCAAAACGGUGAUGUUCUUACCGGUGAUAGCAACGGUAACAUCAUUGUUUGGGGCAGAGGAACAAACACAAUUUCUAAAAUAGUGAGGAACGUUCACGAAGGAUCGAUAUUUUCAAUUUGUGUCCUGAAAGAUGGUUUUAUCGUCACCGGUGGUGGCAAAGAUGGCAAAAUUUUGUAUUUCGACGAAUCUUUAAAUUUAACAGGAGAAGAAGCACAAAUCGAAGAUCAUUUCGGUGGAAUUCGAACACUCGCGGAAGGUAGAGGUUCGCAAUUGUUGAUAGGAACAACGAGAAACUGCAUUUUAGUCGGUGAUGUAGGAAUGGGAUUCAAUCCAGCCAUGUUAGGUCACGCUGAAGAGGUUUGGGGACUCGCUGCUCAUCCAACUCUACCUCAAUUUGCAACAGCAGGUCACGACAGAUUAUUACAAAUGUGGGAUAGUCUCAGUCAUACUGUUGUUUGGAGUAAAGAUAUUGGAGAGCAAGCACAAAGCAUCGGGUUCUCACCAGAUGGUAAUGUUAUGGUGGUCGGAUGCACUUCCGGAAAAUGGUUAGCAAUUGAUAGUGAAACGCGAGAAUUAUACACUCACCAUAGUGAUGGUUCAGAACCUAUUCAGGUCGUUCGAUUUUCACCAGAUGGUACUUUAUUAGCAUUGGGUUCCAGAGAUAACUAUAUUUAUAUUUAUCAAGUUAAUGAAGAUGCGAUUAAAUAUAGUCGAGUUGGACGAUGUAUGGGACAUUCCAGUUUUAUAACUCAUUUGGACUGGUCAGCAGAUGGUCAAUAUUUACGUAGCAAUAGCGGCGAUUAUGAGGUAUUAUAUUGGAAUCCCGGAGUCUGUCGUCAGAUUCCACAAUCAUCGAUAAUGAGGGACAUGGAAUGGGCAAGUCACACCUGUGUAAUAUCAUUCGAAACGAUUGGAAUAUGGCCCGAAGGCGCCGAUGGCACAGACGUAAAUAAUUGCACGCGAAGCAGUGAUUCGAAAUUGCUCGCAACCGGAGAUGAUUUCGGAAAAGUAAAAUUAUUCUCUUAUCCUGCUUGUCAACCAAAGUCUUUAUGUCACGCAUACGGUGGUCAUUCAAGUCACGUUACGAACGUUUCGUUCCUUCAAGACGACACUCGACUAAUUUCCACGGGCGGAAGUGACACAAGCGUUCUUCAAUGGAUCGUAAACUAUUAACUCUAUUAUAUAAUUAUGUAACUGAAAAACAAAAUGAAAGAUACAGAAGCGAUAAAACAUGAAGCGGAUGCUCUUCUGAAUUUAGUGGUACAUACAAUGUUCGUUAAAAGGAAAUAUGCGAUUCUUAUUUAAAUCAAGGAAGAGAAUCGAUAACGAAUAAACUAAUUAUUUAGAAGAGAAAUCUCGAUUGAACGAGAAAAGAUACUGAAUGCGGUUAAUGAAAUAUUAGCUAAAUUUUACCGUUUAAGUGUCCUUUACGAAUUGAAAUGACUGAAUGUCAUGUAAUUUCUUAGGUGUAGAACGAUCUUCGUAAUUUUUUGCUUCAAAAAAAGAAAAUUAAAAAGAAGAAGAAGAGAAAAUGAGAAAAAUUUAGCGAAAUCUUGUAUCCACGAUGUGGCAACAGAUAAACUUAUACAACUUACUUUAACAGCUAAUAAUAACGUAACGAAGUGUCUUUUACAUAUUUCGCAACUAUUUUUCAAACGUCCAAACGCUGAAUCUAUAUAUUUCUGUGUUCUUUAUCUAAUUAAUCACCGACGAAACGCACUGUGCUGUUUUUCACGUAAAAAAAAAAAAAAAAAAAAAAAAAAAAUAAGCUGCACAGCUUUAGAGAAGUAUUUACUUUCGUAUAUAAUUAAUAUCAUAAUAUAAAAAAAUUAGAUUACGAUUGCAUCAAUUGCUCGUAUCUAUAGAAAGAUAAAUGUCAUCUGUGUAGUGUAAUAUAUAAGUAUCUUCUGUUUUUUUUCUUUCUCCUCUAAUUUUCAAUUCACACUCACAGAUUAAAUUUUCUUCGUGAAUAGAUUACGUUCAAUUUUGAUUAAAAAUAUUUUUUAUUCUGUUAUAAAUUAAUCGGAAUUGGAUAAUAUUCAUACGAGCCUUUAAACUGUGUUUGAAAUUAUAAAAAUGAUUGAAAAUAGAUCGAAUGUAGAACAUGUAAUUAAAUACAUGUAAAAUAAUGAAAUAAAUUUAAAGAGAUAAUUAAUAAAUUGGUAUGAACGAUGUUACAUAUCAACAGAAUAUUUUAGGAUUAAUUGCAAAAACAAUUGAAAUUAUAUUUUAUUUUAUCAGGAAAUUAUAAUGUGUUUAUAUUUGAUCACUGAAUAUUUAUAAAUUGCUAUAUAUUAAUAUUUUCUAGAAAUAUAAUAUUUCUACCACGCAGAUUUAAUACUUCUGAUGUAAUACUUCUGAAAAUGUGCAUAAGAAUACGUCGAUGAAGAUCGAAAGCUAAAAUAUAUUUUGCUGAUUUCUUAUUAAGUUACUUAAUAAUCUUUCAAUUUAAUCUGAUCUUUUCUCAUGUAUCACUUACAUAUAGCUGUAAAUUUGUUUUCACUUAGGGCUAUAUAAUAAAUAUACAGAUUUACUUUUAUAUUUUUAUAUUAGAAUUUUUAUUCCUGUUAUUUAUUGUUCGCAAUGUGGUUCGAGAUUCGAAUUCGUUAAUACAUCCAUUAUUUUUUAUUACUCUUUUCUCUUUUAUCAUCUUUUUCUCUUCUCUGUUUAAAUAAAUUUUUAAAUAGA